CGUCGGGUACAUAAACGUGGAAAGGUGUGUAUUAGGUCUGGGAAAACGCGCUCGCUUAAAUUCCGACGAUGUGAGCGAAAAAUUUGAGUUUCAAGAGCUGAAAAUUGAGAAAAAUGUUGUCGAAAAUGGUGAUGGUGUCAGUUAUAACUUUGGUGCUAGUGUCUUGCCUUACGCCGAUAGCAAACAGUUUGCUGUGUCCGAAGCCGAAUCACUAUUUAAACAGCCGCCUGCAAAAGUGCUUGGAGUGCACUGAGUGCCCCAAGGGUCAGCUCGUCAUCGCCCCCUGCGACGUUCAUAGGGACACUAUUUGCGGCCCUGUCGAGGAGUUUUUGAGGAGCGUCGACGAAAACAGACACAGACACAAGCACAAGCAUCACCAUCGCCAGCACGCGGGCCCCCACAAACUGGACCCGGCCCUCGUCAACAACAAUGUACCGAUGGACGUGCAGAUGGCCGCUUUGGACGCCGACGCCCCCUUCACCAGCGCCGAGACGCUGAUCUGGGACUGGCAAGCCGUCGUGCUCACCCUGGCCGUUUUCGCUUGCAUCAUUUUCUUCGUCGCCAUCACUCUGUACUCCCUGCACCAGGCGAGGCAAUGGAAGAGACUAAAAGACACGUUCGAAGCUGAUGUGGAAGAGCUGUCAGCGAAACUGAGUUUGAUGGCAGCGUCUGGCUCUUCGAGUGAGAAAGAACCGGGGAUGAUGAUGGAUGAAGAGAACGAAGACGAUUUUAGCGCGGCCUGCUCUCCAGAGGACGACUACAAAAAUAGAUGUGUAUAUUUAGAACAACUUUUAACUGUAAGGAAAGACCAGAAACUAGACAAGAAAACCGCACGACAGGGAAACGUUUACAUUGAGGAAUCUAUUUGAAAAAAAUCCGGAGAGAAAAAACAGUAUUGAACUAAAAAUUAAAAUAAACGCGAAGCAAUUUGUUUUUAAUUGCAGAAGAUUGAGGAACAUUAACAUUGACAGCCAGUAAAAAAGUAACAUUUUGUUUGUUUUGCAAAAAAGUAUAAAGUUCGUUUUUUGUUUUGAGUUUUAAAGCGUCAAAUUUAUAAUAUUUUCUUUUGUUGAUAUA